AUGUCGAAAGAUUCUAUAUUAUUUGAAUCUCCUGCCGAGGUAAAUGCAGCAAUAAUUCAGAAUGGUGAAAUGCUUCUAGUCGAACUUAAAUUUCCCGGUCUACGGAAAACUAAAGUAUCCCAACCAGAAUCCAUCAAAGACAGGAGGAGCUUCUUUUCUUGCUUCAAUUCAUCCAGAGAUAGUCAACUCUGUAAAAAUUGUGAAUGGUUUAAAUUUAUAGGAGAUAGAAGACAUUCUGGAGAUUGGAUAACCGUUCCAACGGAGAGGAAACCUGAUAACUGUGACUUGUGGUUGCAGAUUUUCCGAUAUCGAAUUAGUGUCAUGUUGUCACCACAAGAUUCCAAAAAUGCAACAAAUUCAAAUCCCCGAGUAACUCAGUACUUUUUUUGGAAUUCUGGGUGCAUGAAGAAAGUGUUAAAUUUUCGAAAAAGUGAAAUGCUUAUCAAAGAUGACCUCAUCGCACUUCGAUUAGCUUGCGGUAAAGGUUUAUGGGCAAAAGAGGAUGUUGAAGAAAUUCAAAAAUCUUGUCGUGGUGAUAAGUCGGAGAAUAUGGUAGUUUCAGAGAAUAAGAAAUUUCCUGAAGUUAGCAUGGUUUGCGAUGAAACGGGAUCUGUUUCGACCUCAGAAUCGGCAAAGGAUGAGAAAACCAUUACAAUGAAUUUUAAUAAUCCAAAAAGUGAAAUCAGUCGACCACUGGAUGACAUAACUGAGGAAUCACUAUCUCAGGAUGCGAAUUUAGCUACUGAAGAAAAAACAGGCCCUGAUAGGAGAAUUACUGACGCUGUCAGUAAAAAGCCCGAAAAAGAAGAGUCGAAACGGACUAAAUUGGUUGAACGGGCGACGAGUUGUUCGGAUAUGUACAUUGCUGCUGACGCUUCUGUUGCCACAGCAGACCAAAAGCAGACGAAAGAGAAGCCAAAGCCCUGCCACUACUGUCUGGGUGUUCAGGAACUGCUUGGAAAAGACGAAUUUUCGGUGCUUCAAGCGCGUGUAGAGUCACUUAAUAAAGAUGAUUGGUCACGCGUUCUGGAUAUUAUAAUGGGCAAAAGUAACGCUGUCAUACCCAAACCACCGAUAAUAGACAAUCAAGAUGACAUGAAACACGAAGAUUUAGUGAAUGAUAAUGCCCCAUUAGGAACUGGAAUUCCACUGAGACCACAAAGAAGAGCUCCUUUGAGAAAUGCGCGAUAUCUGGUACUAAAUGGCAAUCUAAAGAAAUAG